CAAAGAAUUAGAAGAAGGCAAACAACAUCUAGAAGAUGAAAGCAAGAAAGUGGAAAAUUUGUCCAAAGAUUUGGAAGAAGGCAAACAAAGUUUAGAUGAAGCAAAUUCUAAAAUUGAAAUUCUAUCUCAAGAAAAUGAAGUAAACAAACACCAGUUGGGAAAUCAUGAGGCCAUAUUGAAAGAACAAGAUGUCAGCAAACACCAACUUGAAACCCAACUGAAAGAAAUGGAAGAGUGUAAACAACGUUUAAAUGAAGCAGAAACCAAAAUAGAAUCAUUGUUAAAGGAGAUAGAAGACAAUAAGAAACACCAAGAUGAAAGUCAUGAUGAAACGUUGAAAGAACUCGAAGAAAAGAACAAACAGUUAGAAGAGGCGAAUACCAAAAUAACAGUUCUUACAGAGGAGCAAGAACAAACUAAGAAUCAAGAUAAAGACACAAACUCUAAAUUUGAAAAAUUGUCUCAAGAACUUCUACAUUCCAAGCAAGAUUAUGAAAAUCUAAAGGAAGAGAUGACUUGCCUACAGAAUGCCAACAGAGAACUGGUAGAAAGUAUGACCAAUGAAUGGACUAAUAAAGAAACUAUUCACACUACUGCAGUUGAAGAGAUGAAGAAAACAAUUGAAGAUAGAUUAAAUGAGGUGCAAACAUUAUCUAGUCAUGUUGAGGAGAAAAAUAAACAAUUGCAGGAAUUGACAGAAAAGUUGAAUUCAGAAUCAGAAAAAUCAACUGAAUAUACUAAACUGAAUGAAGAACUUAAAGAAACCUGCCAAUCACUAAAACAACAACUUGAUGAAAAUAUGAGUGAAAAUAAUAACUUAAAGGAUAGAAUAAAGACUUUGAAUGAAGAGAUGAAUUAUUUGAGAUCACAGUUCGAAGGUGUGAGUGCUGAGAAGUGUAGUUUGCAAGAUACCUUGGGAUCAAUGAAACAAGGUUCAGAGAGUGCAACAACUGAACUUAUUGAGUCAAAAGAAAUCAUCGCAAAUCUUAAAUCAGAAAAAGAACAGUUGAAUUCAGUAAUGCGAAAUAUUGUGUUGGAGAAAGACAAUUUGACAUCAGAUUUUGAUAAAUUAAAAAAUGAGCUUCUGGAAGCGAAGGAACAGUUUGAAAGCAAAGCAAAGGAAAGUGCUUCAAAGGAAAAUGAUUUUGAGAACACUAUUAAACAACUAAAUGAUAAAAUUGAAAAGAUCAAGCUAGAGAAUGAUGAUAUUAAAAAAUCAUUGGAGGAACAAUUGGCAUCUGCUGGAGAAUUAAAUGCAAAACUUGAGAGUGAAAAGGAAUCAUUGAAUAUCAAAUUGAAUGAAAAUGAGUUGAAUAUCAAAGAACUUUUAGAUGGAUCAGAAAAUUUAAAAACAUCAUUAAGUGAUAGAGAUGCUCAUAUCAAAGAACUCGAGAAAACAAUCGAUGAAUUGAAUCAGAAACUCCAGGAGCUGACUCAGACCCUACAAGAGAAGGAAUCUGUGAUAGAGGAGAAAAACAAAAUUGAAGUUGAAUCAGUUCAGCAAAAUUCUGAGGCAGAACAAACAAAGAUAGUCACCGAAGAAAAACUAAAUGAACUAAAGAAACACAAUGAAGAUGAGAUCAAAGCUCUAAAGGAAGAGAUGAAGGAGAAAGCAGACAAAAUGAAUAAGUUCAAACAAGUGGCCAUAAGGGGCAAGAAAGAGCUGGCUGAAUUGAAUAAAGAGAUGGAAGCACUGAAGGCAGAGCAGACAACCCUAAAAGAAUCAAAAGACAAACUUGUGGAAAAUUACAAGUCGCUACAAGAGGAAUAUGACAACUUGCAUGACAGUUUAGAUGAAGAGAGACAAAAAUCAUCCAAUUUUGAAAAAGAUGUCACAAAAACUGAUGAAGAACUGACAAAGUUAAAAGAAGAGCUUGCCAGUUUGAAUGAAACAAAGAACAAAUUAUCUGGUGAUGUAGAGAAGGCGAGAAAUGAUUUGAAGAAUUCUGAAAAGAAAAUUGAAGAGCAACAAAAAUUGAUGAAAACCAUAGAAAAAGAAAGAGAUGCCGAGCGACUUCAAAAAGAACAAUUUGUCGCAGAUAAAGCCAAACUGAACGAAAAAGUGAAAGCUUUAGAGGGUGAUAUAGACCGAUUGAAAGAAGAAUCAAAACAGAAAGAGAUUGAUUUCAAAGCUAAGCUGGAUGGCUAUAACCAGGACCUACAGGAAGCUAAACAUGGGGCCAAACAGAGCAGCAUGAUGGAUCUAGAGAUCGCUGACUAUGAGAGAACAGUGCAGAAUUUGAACAGUCAAAUAUCCGAGAGAGACGCUACCAUAGAGGAGAUGACAAAAGACACCACACAUCUACAAGACCGCGUUGAGUCCUUACAGAAAGAACUAGAUACUGUUGAUUCCCAAAGAGUUCAGGCGGAAGAUAGGGGCAACAAACUAAAACAACUCCUUGUUAAAAGCAAGAAAGAUCUUGCUGAGGCUAGAAAAACUGAGAGUGAACAAAGGACGUCUGAUGCUCAACUACGUGGCCAAUUAGAAGCCAUGCAAAUGCAAGGAGAGGAGCUAAAGGUACAUAUAGCUGAACUAACUGCUGAAAACCAGAAACAUUCCGACAAAAUCCGAACAUUGACCAACUCUCAUGAGAGAACCGUACGUGCGUUAGAAAAUAAGGUCCAAUCCUUACAAGGUGACUUGGAGAUAUCUAAGAGCGAACUAGUUGCUACUAAUGCUGAAUUUGACUCAUAUAAGGUUCGUGUUCACAGUGUGCUUAAGCAACAGAAGACUAAAUCUCCAUCUGACUUUGAUCCAGAGGCGGAAAAGCUGGAACGAGUGAGACUUGAAAAGUCAGCUGAACAACUGAGGUUAAAACUUCAUGAAACAAGUGAUAACCUAACUGCAUCGCUGGCAGAAUAUGAAGCUCUACAGGAAGAACAUGAUAAUCUCAUGACACGCCACAACAAACUUUUACAAGAUAAAGAAUCAAGAGAAAACUCAUGGAAAAACAAAUAUGACCAGUUGAACCAAGACUACAGUACAAGUAAUACAGAACACACAGAAACUGUAAGACAAUUAUCACAACAGAAUGAACAACUCACCAGCACAUUCAAGCAACAAAUGAAACUAAUGCAGGAAGACCACCAUAGAGCUAUAGAAGCUUUACAGAAACAACUUGACCAUGCGGAGAACGAAUCGUAUCGUCUGGAACGUGAGUUGCAAAAUCAACCAAUCAGAACUAGCAAACUGGAUCGGGAACCAUCAGAGCCACAUUUGGAAAUUUUGUUGAAAGAUCCACACCGUGAAGAACGCCAAGAAGGGGAGGGACAGGAACAACCUGACAUUGAACCACAAGUGCAUGGCUCGUCUAUCCCCAGUACCCCCACAAUAGUCCCCUUUGAACAGCUCCUUACUUCACCCCUGGACGACAGAGCCAGUGUUAAGAGUUUUACUUCUCUUGAUGAGGAAUUCUUACAACAACAGAUGAAAUCUUCAGAGAAGAAGAUAGAGCAUUUGAAUGAGCUUGUAAAUGAAAAUGAGGCCACGAUAAUGCGGCUUACGGAGCAGGCGAAGAUCUUGAAGGAUGAGAUACGUAGGAUGGAACGUAACAAAGAGAGGGAAAACUCUGUUUCUAACAUGGAAUACCUGAAAAAUAUUGUCAUGAAGUUUUUAUUCUCGAAAGCAAGUGCAGAAAAGCAGCAACUUAUACCAGUGUUGACCACAAUGCUUAGACUCAGUAAGGAAGAAGUUUCCAAUCUUGAACUCAUGGCGAAAGGUGAAGAUGGCCAAGGUGAAGGAGCAGGGGGUUGGGGCAACUAUUUACACCGUUGGUCGGGCAUCACGUAACCAUUGCAACGAAUUGUCUGUGUCACUAUAGCAACCAACUUUACACCCAGCACCAAAAAGCAAAAAGGUGGCCAACUAGAAAUUAUUUUGUGUAACCAUACAAACCAUGGUGUACCAAAAUAAAAUCCAGAACUGGAAACCUCAUAGAGCUGAAUUAAAACAUGACACCAAAAGCUGACAUUUGAGACUUGCAAAAUAAAUGAAUUGGAACUUGGCUCAAUUCAAGUCAUUUCUUGUGGCUUAUUUGUGCAUUAUUAUUGUUUUGUUGGUAUAUCAUAGAAGG